AUGAUGGGGAACAAGACAAGCCGCCAGAAGCGCAACGGCCACGGCAAGCGCCACUUGACCGACUCCAAUCUUCAACAUGUCAACGUGUCAGACACGGGAAGGAUGCCCUCAGACAGUCGUGUGAAGCUUGCAGCCUCGGAAGGGUGCAGCGCAAUGCGCCAUGGCAUACAACCAGUUGACAGGCAAAGCAGAGAAGCGUCCUCAGGGGUUGGUAUAUACCUUAUAGUUGAGCUUUGGUUUCCCGUUGGCGCGCUUCCUUUAGGUUGCGAGUUACCAGUUCGUCGCGGGGCACGAGAACGUGAGAGAUGUCGCUGGCCGUACAAUGAAGCGCACUGGUCCAUCUGCCCCUCCAAAAGUCCAGGGCAAGAGACCAGUGGAGUUUAUCUUUAUUUUUUGAUUUUCGCAAGGUCAUCGGCGGGGUGGUGUCUUCUGAUUGGCCCCUUGCCGCGGGAGACUACGCUGGGCCAAGCGCCAACCGCUCGGCACGAGGUCGGAUCGGACCCGAGAAUCACGUCUCUGAACUCUAGGCGAACCUUCCCAAACCUCGAUCUACCGCAUUCCAUUUCCUGCUUGCGACCUGCCCUGACACCUGGCGCCCCGACCGAAGCGGUCCCGCGAUAUCGAGAGCUUCGAGAAGCCACACGUGUGACCCGCGCACGGCAGCGGAACGAGACGAUGGCCGUCGAAACAGAUCAGAAUGCCUCUGCGCACAUCGGAGAGGCCGUAGUUGCCUUUGCGCUCGAGGGGCGCUUCCCCGACGAGCAGGUGUCAUCGCUGUCGCUGUCCUCUUCGGAUUUGUCGCCUGCGAUUGAUGCGCUGGAACGGGCCAAGGGUGAUUUGGAGUCUGAAAUCCACACGAUCAACGAAGAGACCAAGGGCGACGUCAGCUCGUGGGUGCACAAUGCGAAAACACUACAGGAAGACAUCUUGCGAUCCAAGAGGCUGGCCGACGACAUUGUCCGACAAUCGGAAGCGCCGCAGGUUUCGGGAAAGGCUAUACAAGAUGCGAAGGACCACAUACAGUUUCUUGAGAAGGAGGUGCUAUACACGAACCAGCUGCACGACGCCCUCAGGGGCAUCCAGCAUGUCAACGAGCUUUUGGGGGAGGUCGAGCAGGCGAUGAACGAGCGGCGCAUCAUCGAAUCGCUCCGGUGGCUGGAGAAAUCUUGGACAGAGCUCGAUGCCGUCCCGGUCAACAAGAAGGCAUGCCGGAUCAUGAGGCUCCUUGACGUAAGGGCUUUCGAGCUAAAGUCACAUGUUCACGACGUCUUCGACCACGUUUGGGCAUCGCUUGUUCACACGGAUCUCGAAGCCGGCUCCCUGGCAAUUUACAACAAGUUGGAUGACGAGCAAAUGACGCUAUCGGAAGCCAUCAUUGGUCUCCAGGCCUACAAAGAGGUUGAAGACCGCAUGUCCAAGCUGUGGCACGAUGUCGACAAGGCCAUUGUGUUUCCGCGCAUGGACACGCAAGCUUCAUCGCUGCCUUCCAUCCGCGAGACUGAGAACGUUGUGGAAUUGAAUGGUCAAGCUGGCAGAUCAAUCGACGAGCUAUUCACGGAUCUCCAAAAGGUGGUUGAGUUCCUGGCCAAGAGACUGACACCGGACCUCCUCAUGUUCUUCAGCCCCAUCAUGAUGAGCGACCUGGUCCCGAGGCUCAUCUCAGUCUGGCUCGACUCAGAAGUGCCCUCAAAUCUCAAGGAUCUCGGGAGGUUCCAGGCUGUCAUCGAAUCUGCACGGCGCUUUUGCGAGGUCCUUGAAGACAACGGAUUCACUGGGUUUACGGAGCUCAAGGAAUGGGUUGGCAGUGCGCCGUCAAUAUGGCUUGCAAAGUGCAGAGAAACAGCCCUUGAUUCGGUCAGGGUGCAGAUGUCAAACGGUCUCGGCGCCACAAAGCAAGUCGAAAAGGUGGAAAAGCAAAUGGUGUCUCGGUCCGAAGGCAAGGAGUUGACGGCGAACGGUGUAGCCGGUACCGUCGCAGAAGAUGACUGGGGCGCGGAAUGGGGAGUCGACGAUGACGAGGAACCGGAAGCCAAAGGCGACACACAAGAGGAAGACGACGGUGCUGAUGCCUGGGGAUGGAACGAUGAGGAGCAAACUACAGAGACCGCCCAAGAGGAGACCGCGCGGGUUGAGGAAAAGACGGCAGACGAUGAGGACGACGCAGCCGACGCGUGGGGUUGGGGGGAUGAUGAUGCGACAGAGCCAACGGAGCCAGAACCGAAGCCUCAAGCAGCAAAGACGCAGACGAAAAAACACAAGACGGUAUCUGCUGAGCCAGAUGAGAGCAGGGAGAUGGUUCUCAAGGAGACGUACCACAUCUCCUCCAUGCCGGAGCCGGUGCUGGAGCUUAUACUGGGCCUCCUCGAAGACGGCGCGGCUCUGACACAGCCCGAGUACGAAAACAGUCCAGUGGCAGCCGCCGCGCCGGGCCUCUUCAGUUUGCCGACAUUCGCAUUAGCCAUGUUUCGAGCAGUGUCGCCGCACUACUACUCACUCGACAUUGGCGGGAACAUGUUCCUCUACAACGAUGCCAUGUAUUUGUCUGAGAAGCUGGCUGAUUUGGCAUCAACGUGGAAGUCACGCGGGGAUCUCACCACACGCGCCCAGAACAUGCUGCGCAUAGACAACGACAUCAAGAGCCUGCAGAACUUUGCGACGCGCGCAUACACUAACGAGCUGGGGUUGCAGAAAACGGUGCUGCGAGAUCUGCUAGGAGGCGAUCAAAGUCUCAUGCAGCAGGAUGAACUGGACAGUUGCGUGGACUCGGCACUAGCGCGGGUCAGAUCCAUGGCGGUGACAUGGGAAUCGAUUCUCGCACGCUCGGUGUGGUACCAGGCGGUGGGGUCGCUUCUGGAUGGGCUGUCGUCCAAGAUUAUCGGGGAUGUCAUGGACGCGUCGUCCAUCGGACAGGACGACGCGUACGGGAUCGCGAAGCUCAUUGCAAAGGUCACGGAGCUCGACGACCUCUUUCUGCCGUCGCGGACCACGAGUGCGAGCACGGGGGCGGCGGCAGCAGACGAAAUUCCGACAACGGCGCAGUACGCGGCCACGUGGCUCCGUCUCAAGUACCUGAGCGAGGUGCUCCAGUCCAACCUCAAUGAGGUCAAGUACCUCUGGUGCGACAGCGAGCUCAGCCUGUACUUUUCGGCGGACGAGGUCGUGGACCUCAUUGAGGCUAGCUUCGACGCUAACCCGCGGAUGAGGGAGACCAUCCGGGCGAUUCGGGAGACCCCCAGCCCCGUGCACGGCUAA